AUGAAAGCUUCUUCCCUGGGUCUCGUCUGCUGCCUGGUCUCGGCGGGAACCUGCGACGACGCCGCCGUGCCUCGCAAGUUCGUUCGCAUUGACUUGGCCGACCCUCAAAACUGGUUCGCAAAGCCGUUGCUCACCGGCAGGAUCAUCUCGGGCUUCUCCGAGGUGUACAACCAGUCCAAUGCCGACGCCUGGGCGAAUUCCAUAUUGGACAAGUGCAAGGCAAACGACCUGUGCACGUCCUGCAUCUCGCUGUCUGCGGAUAACAAUGGAGACGGCAGGAAGUGGUAUGGGUAUCUCUUCAAGGGGAAACCCACGAGCGCGGCCGACUAUGAGAGGAUGCCCGGCAAAUUGCAGGACUCUGUUAUCCAUACAGAGGCUCGCUGA